UACAAUGUAAAAGGGCUAAAUUGUCCAGGAAAGAGAUUUAGGUUAUUUAAAGAACUACAACAUAGAAAAUCCUCAGUGAUAUUUCUGCAAGAAACACACUUAGAGAUAGAGUCGAAGGUUAGACUGAGAACCAGAUACUUUCCGACAUGGUUUUAUGCGGAUUCACCAAUUAAAAGAGCAAAAGGAGUUGCUAUAGGGUUUGCUAAAAAUAUAAGGUUUGAGGUUGAGGAGAGAUUGAUGGACCCGGAGGGAAGGUUCCUAUUUUUGAGAGGUAAAUUACAGGGAAUUGAGUGCACAAUAGCGAAUAUAUAUAUCCAUUUGAAGCCAGAGACAUUUGUGAGAGAAGUGUUGAAGAGACUGAUGGACUUUAAAAAAGGGUGUAUGUGUCAGGGCAGG